CAGUUCUCCGUCCUGCUUUUCCCUGCUCCCGCGUUACUCAUGUUGGAUUUACAUUUCUAUUUUAUGUAUAGAUGCAGUUGCUAUUGUGCAGUCUGAGCCACACAGUUCCAGUUUGUUUUUAACCGUAUCUGUUUGUGGACGUUGCUUUUUGCUCGAUUUCUUUCUUCCCGCCUGUUUCCUGUUUGUGUCUCGCUGCUUACUUCGCAUCUCCCUCAGCAGCCUUUUCCUGCUUCUAACAAAAGUUUCAUUUCUUGGUCAUGGAUGAUUUCGUAAGAACCAAACUGGUUGAAUGGGGGCUAAGUGAGUGGGUGGAGAAAUUUAAAGAUCAAGAAAUUGAUAAAGAAAAUAUUUUUGAUCUUGAUGAUCGAGAAAUUGAGAAUUUGAUCACAAAAGCUGGACCAAGAAUGAGAUUCAAGAAGAACCUCAAGCUGUUAAAGGUCUUGCCAUCCACAAGUGAUACAGGAAAGAGAAAAUCAGACCUUCAAAGUGAUGCCAGCAGGUUGCAGUCACCAGCUAAGCGACAGCGUCUGUCUAUGCCAGGAUUUGCAGAAUCAAUCAUACUGUCUGAUGUGAAAAGCAUCAUGACAUUUGUACAUGAAAGACUAAAUGACCAAGACAAACUCAGUGAUUUCUUAAAGAAAAAGAUCAGUGAUUUGGAGACAGACAAGAGGGAGCUGGUUGGUGUCUUUGGUAAAACCGGGGCUGGAAAGAGCUCUUUGAUAAAUGCCAUAAUUGAAGAGAAGAAUCUUUUACCUUCAGGAAGUAUCAAUGCAUGCACCUCAGUCAUGAUCAAAGUGGAAGCUAACACACACAACAAGUAUGAGGCAGAAAUUGAGUUCAUCACAAAGGAGGAGUGGAAAGAUGAGUUGUGGUCAUUUCGUCAGCUUCUUGACAAUAAUGAAAAUCAGGAAAAGGAAGACGAUGAUGAUUAUCGUGUUGCUGUUGAGAAGCUGUCAGCACUGUAUGGAGAAGAAUGGAAAGAAAAGUCUUCUGAAAACCUCAUGGAGAACAAAUAUUUCAAAGAAAUUCCAGAAUUUCUCCAAUCCAGGCGGAAGAUUUUGAGAUGUGAAUCAGCUAAUGAACUUUCUGCACAAUUUGUCAAGUACACAAGAAGUGAUUCAAAACAAGGAGAAGGCAAUGAAGGAAAAAAGUGGUUUUGGCCACUAGUGAAGUGUGUGACUGUCAGGGUGCCAAACAAUCCUUUUCUCCAGCAUGUCACACUUGUGGACCUUCCUGGAAAUGGUGACUGUAACAAGAGCAGAGAUCAGAUGUGGAAAGGGAUAGUUGGAGAUUGUUCUACUGUGUGGAUUGUGACUGAGAUUAAUCGAGCAGCAGCAGAGAAAGAGGCCUGGGAGAUCCUGGAAAGUGUCAGUAGUCUGAUUGGAAAUGGUGGCGAAUGUCAGCAAAUUCACUUUAUCUGCACCAAGUCUGAUCUUGUUGAUGAUUCAGAUGAUCUUUCAUCAGCUGAUAUCCAUGAUCAAAUAGUUAAAAGAAACAUUCAAGCCAAGGAUGGAGUAAGGAAAGAAUUCAACAAGCGAACCAAGAUUAAGAAACACUUCACUGAUGACAGUUUCAAAGUGUUCACAGUGAGCUCCAAAGAGUUCCUAAAAGGGAAGCAUCUAAGUCCAAAAGAAACUGAAAUACCUCAACUUCAGGGAUUUUUGCAAGAGCUCAACGACUGUCACUCAGAGACAGUAAACUAUGUGAAUGGAGCUCACGGGAUUCUGUCUUUGAUUCACGGAGCCAACUCCAGAGGAGUGGAUGAUAAAAAAGCCGAGGUGUGUGCAGAACUUGAGAGAAACAUGAACCUCCAACUUCGUAAUGUCAACAAAGAAAUGGAAGAGACCUAUACAGCUUUUGAAAAAUAUCUUGAUGAUGGUGUUGAGAAAUCCAAAGGCUCAUACGGAGAAAAACUCAAGAACUUUUUGUAUCGUGGAAAGAAGGGUGGUGCUUUUCAUAAGGUACUGAAGUGUGUUGUUAAGAAUGGUGGCGUCUACAAACCAAAGAAAGGGACCUUAAUUAACCUUAACAUGAAGUUGGCUUCAUGUCUGAUUGACAGCAUUGAUGAUGAAUUCAGAAAGACCUUCCCAAAUGACUCAGAACGUGGAGCAUUCAAUGGAGUCAUCGAUACAUUUUCACUUAACACUGAUUCUCUGUUUGAAAAGUACAAAAAUGCUGAACUGCAGCUCAGAUUUCUCAAGACAGAGGAAGAAAAAAUUAAGGCAAAACUGAACAGAAUGAUGCGGAAACAGAAGAAAAAAGUCUACAGCAGUCUGACAGAGACAAUUGUGAACAUUAUGGAAGAAGGCUACAAGAAGGCUGCAGAAUUCAGUGGAAAAGACACGCUGUACAACAUGAGGGAGACUAUUACGGACCACGUGCACUCAAAGGAGGACAUGUUUGAGAGGGCAAAAAAUACCAUGUUGGAGAAGUUGCACAGUUUGAUGGAAAAAAUCCUGAAGACUGUGGAGGAAACUAUGAAGGAAUCCAUUGAACGUUCAUUCACGACUGAUGGGGGCUUACUCCCAGAUGUUACAACAGAGCUUGAGAUGGUGAAGAAACAUUAUGAUGAACUUGUAGGCACUCCAGAUGAUGAAACAUCACUAACUGGACUUGCUGACUGGGUAGAAACUGCAGAAACCUGGACACAAACGGGUCUUCCCAGAGGAAGUGCUGUUUAAAACAAAAAACCAUCUGAUUUGGUCGCAAUCAUUUUCAGUUGUUUUUAUUUGGUCCUUUUAAAAGUUGUUUGGUGACAUUUGACUUUGAUUUUGUGAAUGUCAUUAUAAGUGAUUGUGGACUUUUAUUUCUGUAAGACAUAUUUAUCUUUUAAUGUUUUAAAUCUUGAGGCUGACAAAGAACUUUGAGGAAAAACUGAAAGGGAUUCACAUCACAUCACUCUACAUAUAUUUCAAAUCUAUUUUAAUCGUUUUAUUUUAUGAUUUUAGUUAUGGUUCAUUCAGAUGACAAUGCAACGAUAUAUCACAUUUCAGUACAUAUAAAAUCAGUGUACUUAACACACAAGAUAAAAAAUGGUAACACUUCAUAAUAUAGCCCACUACUAAGGUGUAAUUCCCCUGUAAUUAAAUGGAAGAUCAAUGUAUUUUAUCUAAAAUUACAAUUAAAAUUGUAAUUAUAUUUACCUACAAAUAUUUAAAGGUAAGGUAUUUUGCAGUUAGCAAAAUAUAUGGAGAAGUUCUUAAAAUGCAAAAAGGAAGAUACAGGUGACAACCCCCUCCCAAAAGUCAAAAUAUUUGCGCAAGUACAGCUUUGACUUCCUGAAGCAUGGGUUUGUGAACAGAGGAAACGAGGCGGACCCGAGAGCCCAAUGUGUGGAGUAAUGCUAUACAUUGAAGCACUGAAUUGAUUUGACCUGCCACUGUAUAUAUGUGCCAUGAGAUAAUCGGAGAGGCUGCUGCAAAGAACACUCAAACGACACUGCGAGCCACCGUAUCAUGGACAUGACCUUAGACAUACAGCAUCAGCUUCUGGAAAGAAUAAAAAUACUCAUUUUUUCUCUUUACAACUAGAUCAGUCCCUUUUUUCUUGCCUCUUUUGCUGUAGUAAAAUUGAAUUAUUAAUUAUUUUUGUGUUAUUAAGCUUGACUUGAGCCUUUCGAUUUCUACUUGCAGUUUGAUAUGUUUCAUGAAUUGUUGAUCUGUUUGGCAUUUUUUUUAUGUCCAGGUUCACAUACAUGUAAUAAAUAAAUGUCUUUGUGGUUAUUA